AUCAAAUAUUGACAGAGAAGGCAAUUUGCGUUCCAUCACUAUAUUCUGUAUACUCAACUAAGGUCGAGUGCUUAGAAUAACGGGUAAGAUGGAAAAACAGAAUGAAUCUGCGAUUUUAGAGGAACUUCAAUGUCCAGUUUGUGACUGCUAUAUGAGCCCCCCAAUUUUCAUAUGCAGUAAAGGACACAGCAUUUGCGGAGAAUGCUUCAAAAAAGUUAGAAUAUGUCCAAAAUGUCGUUGUUCAAAACAUAAUACAGCAAGAAAUUAUUCACUCGAAGCUAUAUACGCUAAAUUAAAUAUACCAUGCAAGUAUACAGAAUCUGGUUGUGACGUAGUUCUUCCUGGAGAAUGUAUAAAGAAACAUCAAAAUGUUUGUAAAUAUAUCGAGAUAUUUUGCCCCUUUAGAUAUUAUGCUGACUGUCAAUGGAGGAAACAUCGAGGAAAUUUGAAAUGCCACCUUCAGGAAAGACAUCCUCUCAGUUUCUACACAAGGGAAAAACAGAAAUUUUUGUCUCCAAAUUUCAUUGCUUUGAAAUGUUACCAUUACAUAUAUGCAGUAAUUUAUGCUCAUCAAGAAUUUUUUAGACUGACUUGGGAUAUCAAUGGAGUAACAGGUAUGACAAGAUGGGCUCUGUAUUUCAUAGGACCUCCGGAUACAGCAAAACUUUAUUCAUACAAACUGGAAUUUUACAAAACCAAGAAAGAUGCUCAUGCCAUUUCUUUGACGUUCAAGACUAUAUGCGAACCUAAACCCGAAAAUGACACUAUGAAGUUUGUGGAACAUCACUGUUUUUACAUACAUAAGACUUUAUUGAAUGAUUAUUGCAAUGACAAAGGUGAACUAAAUUAUAAAGUAACUAUUUACAGACCUAAUAAUGAUCAUGUUACUGAAAUUGGUUCACUACUCGAUGAUGUAAACUUUAAUGAUAAUCGAAGUGAUCAGAGUGAAUGAAAUCACUAACAGAAUGAGAGAUGAGCAUCAUUUUGAUAUUUUAGACAAAUUUUAUCAUACGAAAGUGCAAGGACAUCUUCCUUACGAAGACGAUAUCUGUGCGAUGGGUGAAGACAAUUAUACACAGGUUCCACUUCUUUUGUACCAGUUUACAUGUUUAAUUAAUUGUAUUAUACUAUUUUUACUGCCCUGAAUAAGCUUCCCAAUGAGAAGCGGAAGCUUCACAAAGUAACACAGAGUUUUUAUCAAAACUAAUUAAUACAGUUCUUUGUAUGAUUUUCACUAUAGUGGAAAUUAUACAACAAACUGUAUUAAUUAGUUUUAAUAUGGAAUUUCAUCAAGUAUCGGUCAGUUCUAUUCAAUUAGAGUUUUUAUUCUCGAUUUUUGCCUGAGAUAUCACGUUAAUUUAUUUCCCUGUACAAAGAAAAAUUUCCAAGUGAUUAUACAAAUGUUACAUGUCGAAAAAAAACAACAAAAUGGUGUUUUUUGGGUUAUACACGUUAUAAAUCAUUUGAAACCAA